UUUUAGAGAAUAAUAGAAAUCCCAUGAGAAUGGUGGAUGAAUUUGCUACCCUAAAUAAGCGUAUAACCAUGAGCCCUCCCAGACUGCUUAUCUUGGCUCUUUGCUUAAUAACUGCCUUUUCAAUGCAUGAGGUUCCCACCAACAAGGAGUGCGUCCAAUGAGUUUCACAAGGAUUCACAGUGUGCAGUCCAUGGAGAGAACACACGGUGGCCAAGUGAUGAGAGCAGGAAGACUACGAUGAAAACUGAGUCAUGAGGAAAUCUAAUGUCUGUAGUGACUAUCCCGGACUUGUCGAACUUGGCUUUGAAGCACAGUUGAUGAAGUGUGGAGCCCACCAUCAAUGAGGACCUAGCAAUUUUACAGUAGGAAAUCAAGAAGCAAUCACAAUAUCUUCUGCAGGAGUUUCACGCUACCACAGCUGUAUCCUAAAAAUUAAAAAAGAGGAUAGGGAUGACGUCAAACUUCAAUUUUCAAACAUAGAACUAACAAAUUCUCAAAUGACUAUUAUAAAAGAGCUGCAUAACCUAAAAUACGAAGAUAUGGGCGAACUAAGUGACACUAAAAAUAUUUUCAUAAAUGGAACAGAUUUUGAUAUUAGCGAUGAUGACUUUGUAAGUCUUUGGCUUGUAAUCCAUUCAACUUAUCUGGAAUCAAAUGGAUUCUACAGCUACUCAUUCGACGUAAAAACCACCCAAGAUAAUCCUGGUGCUACAUUCAAUUACACGUUGCUUAUCCCUAUAGUCGUGGCAGGACUCUUCAUCAUCAGCUUAAUUAUUGGUUCAAUCUGGUACAUCAAAAAGCGCUCUCACUCGCUCUACUCCAGUAUUCAAACACCUAACUAUCUCAAAAUCGACGACGAUCUUUCCGAAGAUAUCAGAGCUGACCAGUCCACCUCCUCCCUCGACCAAGACCACCCAUGUCCAAAGUCCAAAGAUCCUAAACUCUUCAAGUCAGAAAUCUCUGGUACCACUCACGGUCACACAAUCCUGACUUCAAACGACGACCACCUCUAAGCUACUAAAGUUAUUCUUAAAAUAAUAGCUGGUCAGUCA